AUGCAUCGUGUACUAAGUGUGAAUCCCAGGCGUGCUAUUCGCCGCCCGCACUAUCGGAGGGAAGACUUAAAAAUCGAAGUCCGCGAUGACCUUGGUGACUUCUCGUCUGACGACGACGACUCGCCCUCGCCUGAUAGCUCGACUUUCCCGCCCAACGCGCAAGAGACCCAGUCUUUCUCACGACCACAGAGGCCGCGCCCGGUUCUCAACCCCGCAAAUCCCACUGAGGACAUCUCGUCCACCAAGUCGACCACGUCUUCUGAUUUCCCGAGGACGACCGCUCCCCUGAGAGAAACUCAGCGCGAGCAGCCGUCUAGUACAUUCCCUUCGGUUACCAGCGCAGAGUCGUCAAGCUCGACUAGGACUCUUCCUACCGCCGUUCCCCAGACCACCACAGUAUUUAACUCGCAACCGACAGGGGCCACUAACAGGGGAGGAAGCGAGGCGGGGCUUGGAAACGAUAGGUCGACUGAGGUGGGAUGGACGCCGACUGCCAUCGCGUUUGGAACCAUUGCUAUCGCGGCACUGGUCCUCGUGAUCGGCGUCGGAAUAUGGUGGUGCCUCCGCUUUCAGAAACGCCGUAAAGCUCGUCAACUAUACGACCGCAAUAUGUCGCCUGACGGCAGGUUCUGGGACCCCUCGGCGACCUACUCGGCACCCGCCGCGCCCUCGGCACCUUUCGCAACCGUCCGCCGGUCCCCAUCGAGCGUCAUGGCCGAGCUUAUGGGCCACGCCUACGCUAACGAGAACGGUAACGCGGGCGGCUACUACGGGAACGACCGCAAUUCGCUGACUCCCGAAGGAUACCUCGACGAGAAGCGAUACGACCCCGCGCGUCAGCUUCCGGUCCUCGAGCCCGCGCCCGUCGCCCAGCCCAACGUACGCAACUCGAUCGCCAGCUGGAUUCGCCGCCACCACCCGCUCAAGCUGAACCCCUUGUCCGGCCGAAGUAGCGUGUACUCGACCCGCACGAUUGGCGCGAGCACGCGCACCGUGAACGCGCCGCCGGUGCCGGCUAUGCCGGACGUCUACCGGGGCACCGACCACGUCGAUAACUCCGGACUGGGUGUCCCGCAGAACAACCCCCGAGACAUCGUCUCCAGCAGAUACGACACCUCCAGACACUCGACGGGUUCCGAUAACAACUCCCUGCUAUCGCUGUACCAGAACCAGCCACAGCACGAACCCGGCCAGGCGCCCUGGCUGAUGGACCCGCCCCCCGUGGUCUUUGGCGAGCGCGGCGUCUCCAUGGCGCCGACGGAGGCCACGACGAGGACCGAGAGCACCUGGCGCACUUGGGGCGGCGGCAUUGCGCAGCCUCAGAACCAGGCGCCACCUGAGACGCCUCGGAGGGGAUGGAUCGAGAAGUGUAUCAAGUUCGGAGGCCUGAAAUGA